AUGUCCUUCUCCAGCCGGCAGCUCAGCUCCCGCUGCUCCCCACCCUGCAAGGUGACCUGCCCGCAGCCCAUCGCCAACGCCUGGAGCCAGCCCUGUGUCACCUCCUGUGGAGACUCCCGUGCUGUGGUCUACCCACCACCUGUGGUCAUCACCUUCCCGGGUCCCAUCCUCAGUUCCUGCCCUCAGGAGAGCAUUGUGGGCACCUCAUCCCCACUGGGGCUGGACCGCCCCAGGGGCCUGCAGGGCUCCCUUAUCUAUGGGGGCUGCUUCUCCUCCUCUUCCUCCAGCCAGCUCUGGAGCCAGGGCUAUGAGGGCUGUGGGCCAUGCUAA